AUGAGUCCCGAACCUGAGCCCGAAUAUCGGCGCAAUGCCUCAUUGCUUGAAACGGAGCGGAAGGAUUCCGACUUUCUCCCGAAAGGCGAAAAAACGAUUGCCGAACCCCUUCCGGAGUGGUCGAAAGCCAUCAAAGAGUGGGGAGUUGCAUGGGAGUUUCACCAGUACGGUCUGGGUGCAGUUUACGCCUUACUAUUCUUUAUGAUAUCAAUGUGGCUAUGGAAACGUAUAAGACGAGUGCUUACUGGUAACCAAGGCAACAAAGUACCUAUUAUUGUUUUAAGCCUUCUUGGCUUUUUCUGUUUAACCAGAAGUUUGUGUCUUUGCACUGAUGCUUAUCACUGGAGAAAAAUCACCCCGGUGGCUUUUGUUAAUGUUCUCUGGGGUAUUGGCCAACCGUGUCUCAUCGCAGCUUACACCUUGGUCUUCACUGUAAUGCGAAACGCACUAACGCUCAAGCAGCAUUUUCAACAGUGGUACAACACAAGAAACAUAGCAAUAGCCACUCUACCGUAUUUUAUUUUUGCGCUAGCCGCAGAGCUCACUUUGUUAUUCGUACCUGCGUACAAAGGCCUCACUUUUACUUGUCAGCUUUUGUACAUCUUGUUCGGCGUUUCUCUAACAGUAUUCUACGCAAUAAUAUCAGUUUUGCUCUGGAAAAGACUCUCCAUCUCCAAAAAUCAAUGGGCAACGGACACGGCACGGGCCCGCGGCAAACGCACCCGAGCAAUCUUACGAACGUGUAUUGCAGCCGCGUUUGGCGGUCUCAGCAUCUGUGCCAUGCAAUUCUAUGCCAUGACUAGCGUGUACGGCGUGUUUUCGAAUGCACGAAGCGUACCUGCUUGGCCGUGGUGGGCGUUCCAAACGACCUUUCGAGUGAUUGAGAUUUGCAUGGUAGCAAUUCUCUGCUACGCUGUAAAUGACAGAGGAGUGGAUGCGAAGAAAGGUGAAAUAGCACCUUCAAGUAUUGUCUCAGAGGCGCAAUUUAAACCCAACGUGGUUGAAAUGAGUGAACAAAUAUAA